AUGAUGAUGACGUGCCGUCUGCUGUGCGCCCUGUUGGUGCUUGCCCUGUGCUGCUGCCCGCCCGUGUGUGUGAAGGCUGACACUCAGGCGGUUGUUCAAGAACCUUCGAAGAGCACGACGACGAACACGAAAACACAGGCACAAAAAAAUACGAAGAAUACUAUACCUAAAGCUGAUGUAGACGCCAACAGUCGUUCUUCUAUUUCAGAGUCAGGACUACAGGUGGGAGAUGAGUCAGGGUUGCCAGGUACGGGGGCCACUGCGGGACAAUCAGAAAAUAAUGCGCCAGAGACACCAGGCUCUACCGGUCCGGAAAAGCAAUCAAAUGAAGUUUCCAAUGCAGUACAGACAAAAGGUACGAACAGUGUGACACAGCCACAAGGUGGCACGAAACCAUCCACGGAACAAGCAAAUCAGGUCGCCGAAUUUGGUGCCGCGACGACCACGACGACCACUACACAAGCACCAACGAAGUCCACUACAACACAGGCACCAAGUACGACGACUACAGAGGCACCAACCACGACGACCACCCGCGCACCGUCACGUCUUCGCGAAAUCGACGGCAGCCUCAGCAGCUCUGCGUGGGUGUGUGCCCCGCUGCUGCUCGCCGCAUCCGCGCUGGCGUACACCACUCUGGGCUAA